GUGUGUCAAGUUGCUGUGCUCUAUGAAUAUAGUGUACAGAUCAGUAAAAGUUCGGUCUGCUGUGGCGUGUUCACUCUCCUGUCUCACACACUGAAGGUAACAGGACUUGUUGAUGUUGAGUUGGCGUUUUGGAAGAAGAGCUAACUGGAAUCAAAACGUUAUAGCGAUUAAGGACUGUGCCUGACCAAGUGCCAUGACCUUACGUAGAGUGAAUGUGGUAAUCCUCGUGCUGCUUGCCAUCGCCUUUAUAAUCGUUGUGCAUCGCAAUCUGCUAAAUCUGAAUGAUUUCCUGAAACGGGAGAAUCCAGAUACAGUGGCAGGAAUGCUGCUGCCGUUUGAGACCGAUUUUCUAUCCAAUCAGAAGGUCAGGAUGGCAGGAGACGAGAUCCCGGUGCUCAUCACUGCUCCAGAGGACAGACUGGGUGCUGCUGUCACCGCUAUGAACAGCAUCUACCAAAACACCAAAGCCAAUGUGCUUUUCAACAUUGUGACCCUAAAUGAGUCUGUUGAUCAUCUUCGAACAUGGAUGAGCAAGACUGAUAUAAAACACAAAAUUAUCGUGUUCGAUCCUAAGAUCCUUGCGGGAAAGGUAUCUAACGACCCUCAGAAGGGGGAUGCGGUGAAACUGUUGACCUUUGCCAAAUUCUACAUGCAAACGUUCUUGCCUGAUGCGGAGAGGGCAAUAUACCUGGAUGAUGAUGUAAUUGUACAAGGGGAUAUUCGGGAGCUUUUUGACACUAGUCUGAAGUCGGGAUACGCGGCAGCUUUCUCUGAAGAUUGUGAUUCUACGUCAUCCAAGACCCUCAUCCGAGGAGCUGGAAAUCAGAACAGCUAUAUUGGCUUUCUAGACUUCAAAAAAGAGGCGAUCAAGAAGCUUGGAAUGAGAACAAGCACCUGCUCCUUUAAUCCUGGAGUCAUUGUGGCCAAUUUAACCGAGUGGAAACAGCAAAACAUCACCAGUCAGCUUGAGUUCUGGAUGGAGCGCAAUGUCAAGGAGGACCUAUACAGCAAGACUCUUGCAGACAGCAUCUCAACCCCGCCUUUGCUUAUCGUCUUCUACAAGCAUCACUCCAGCAUCGAUCCCAUGUGGCACGUCCGACACCUUGGGGCAACCGGAGCAGGGAAACGGUACUCUCUUCAGUUUGUGAAAGCUGCCAAACUUCUCCAUUGGAAUGGACAUUAUAAACCGUGGGGCAGGACCUCGUCUUUCUCUGACAUUUGGGACAGGUGGUACAUUCCGGAUCCAACAGGUAAAUUCCACCCAAUCCGGAGACACAAAGAGGAAAAAUAAACUCGGAUUCGGAUGUCAUUAGAAACUCUUGCCAUGCCAGUUUACCAAACUGUUUUGGAGACUGAGUUUUGUAUUGGAUGAACAUGAGACGCACCUUGUUCUGGGAUGCUCAGAUGAUGUCUUGAUGCAAACCAUGGAGCCCGUUUUAGGUGUUUGGAGUCAUGAUCAAAGAUAAUUCCCACAUGACUGGGACCAACAUUCAACAGUAAUGCACUACCUCAGCAUUUCUCAUUUUACAAACUUAACACACUAAUAAUUUUGUCUGUCACAUCCACAUUUUGUCAUUUUUUAUAUUUAAACCUUCCUACGUCUCGGUCAAGAGAAAACACUUUUGUUACAUGUUCAGGUUUGUUUACAUU